AUGAGCAACCUGAAGCGGGACGGCGAGCACAGCCCCGGCACGGGCACCGGCACCGGCACCGGCACGGGCUCGGGCUCCGGCGGCGCUCUGGAGAUGGAGGUCCGAACGCUAUUCGUCAGUGGCCUCCCUGUGGACAUUAAACCCAGAGAACUGUACCUGCUCUUCCGGCCGUUCAAGGGCUAUGAAGGGUCCCUGAUCAAGCUCACAUCCAGACAGCCCGUUGGUUUUGUGAUCUUUGACAGCCGAGCAGGAGCAGAAGCAGCCAAGAACGCGUUCAACGGUAUUCGCUUUGAUCCUGAGAACCCACAGACCUUGAGGCUAGAGUUUGCCAAAGCCAACACCAAGAUGGCCGAGAACAAGCUGAUGGCUACACCUAAUCCCACCAAUGCUCACCCCGCCCUAGGAGCACACUUCAUCGCACGCGACCCCUGUGACCUCAUGGGGGCUGCUCUGAUCCCUGCGUCCCCAGAGGCGUGGGCCCCCUACCCACUGUAUACCACAGAGCUGACCCCCGCCAUCUCACCUGCUGCAUUUACCUACCCAGCUGCCACUGCCGCUGCUGCCGCUGCCCUGCACGCUCAGGUGCGCUGGUACCCUUCCUCGGACACCACCCAGCAAGGAUGGAAAUACCGGCAGUUCUGUUAGUUCUUCAGUCCUGUCCCCGCAGCUCGAAGGCCCUGCCCCGCUGGGGAGGAAGCCGCUCUGAGCUGCCGCUGCCCCCCAAAGACUGUGAAUUUUAAGCCUGACUCAGUGGACUGCUUCCUGUCUGCUUCCUCCUCUUCCUGGGCCCUGUCCCUCCCCGCAGCCCCUGGCCGAGGCCUCCCGGGAGGAAGGGGGCCUUCCCGCUGGGAUGCCCAGACGCAGCCCAGGUCUCCCUGGGGCCUAGCGAGGCCCCACCUCGGUCCAGACUUGCUUCCCUAGCUCCACCUCAGAGAAACGAGGCAUUUAAUCUUGCAUGUUUUCUGGCAUGAAUUAAGACACUUAAACUUGUGUAUAUGUGAGUGUACAGUUUGUUCUCACAUUGUGUCACCAUAGCAACAGGUCCUGGCCACCAACCGGUUCAUCAUUCCCGGUCCCUCUCUCCACACCUCCCCCCCCACACACACAUCCCCCUGCUUCCGUGAGGACCGAGCCCCGGAGCUCGCUCCGUCCCACAGCCCGGGUCCCCCGCCACCCCCACGCGCUUCCAGGCCCAACAGCAACGACCA